CAGUACACCAGUAGUACCCGUAGGCUCUGUAGGUUUUUCUAUAUACAACUGUAGACAAUCAUUUCAGAUUCGUGUUCUCUUUUCUCUUGUUCAUACCUCUCCGGGGUUCAAUUUCCCAAUCUCCAUUUUCAUUUUGAUCCCAAAAAUAUCAGACCUCAAGAAGAAGAAAGAAAGAGAGGAAUCUUACUCCCUCUGAUCUAAGUCAUCUCCAUCUCCCUCUCCGUCGUGACUUUACUGACAGUUUUCUCCUUCUCAUUGUGAUAAAGAGGAUUUUGGCUGAUCUGAAUCUGAUUCGGUUCUGGGGUCUUCGAUUCGGUGGCUCUGUAGUUGAGUACUCUGUUCUUGUGCGGAUCCUGUUGUCUAAGUUCGAUUUGGAUCUGUUGUGGAGAAGAUCUAGAAGUUCAGUUGUGUUUUCGUGCAAUUCGAACCCUAAAGUUGCAAUCUUUUAGCAUACAGUUUGAGCCCUGGAAUUGAGUUAUAGCUGUAGAUCUAGUCGGUUGCUCUCAGAAUCGUUCUAACUCGACCGAGUUAUACUCGUUGAUUCAGUGAAUUUUUCAUAAUGGAAACUCUUCUUGUUGUGGCGGAGCCUAAGAACCAGUACUACAACCGGGUCAAGCCACACGGGCCUGCCCGAUACGGCCCGUCUCCUUCGAAGGACUUCAGAGCGAUCAAUUGCCGGACUUUCCAAUCCGGCACAGGUAUACUCCCUACCCCAUCGAAGAAUUGCUCUACUCCUGUGUCCAAACGUGCAUGCUCUUCUUCUUCUAAGAUAACUACACCUAGUCCAAACAAGACACCUACCCUUAGUGUAGGUUCACAGUCUGAUAGUAAAACACUUGGCAAAAGCAACCCAAUUGCUAUCAAUGUCAAAAGCUCGAAGAAAGAAAAGCCUUUUAAUGGAAGUUUUUCAUUUUCUGAGCUCUGGGCUGGCCCUGCUUACUCCAACUCUCCCCCACCUAGUUCUCUGCCAAUACCCAAGUUUUCAAUCCGACCCAAGAGAACCGUGUCGCUUGAAUUGCCAAGCUCAGCUUCUGAUAUGGAAAUUCGCCCAACUCACCCAAUUGCCAAGUCUGCACCUGCAUCCCCAACUAGGGAGCAUAGCUCUUCUGCAAGAGCCCUCUUUCAUAAUGCUGACUCUGCGACCAGGACUCUGCGUCGCAUUCUGAAUCUUGAUGUUGACGAUGAAUGAAGAGCAGGGGAGCAGUAGGCUCCUGUAAAUAAGUUUAGAUUGUAUAUAGAGUGAAUAAAUUGGUUGGUAGUCCUGGGUUGUGAUGAGUGUGUUUAGUUUUCUGUGGUGGUGCUACAAUCGACAGUCUUGGCUGUGGUGGGUCAAUGAUCUCUGGAUGUUGGAUGUGGAGUUGGUCUGAGAGAUGAAUGCUUGUUUGGAAAAAUGGGCGUGGUAUGUGUACUGCGGGACUUAUGACAUGGAUGGAACUGACCCAAAAUUUUACGGAAGCAGAAGGGAAAAAGUUGUAGGCUUGUACUUUCGAAGUGGAUGGUUGCCUACACUCUGGCAUGGGAUUGAGUAACUGGCUACUCUUUAUGGAAGCUGAGGGAAACUACAUUAUACUU